AUGCAAGAACAAGGGCAGAGGGCAGGUCGAGUUGGGAGCACGAAGGCAGGAGGGAGUUACAGGACAAGCAUCGCGGAGCUUGGCGAGGGCAGCCAGUUCAAUCAUGACGAUGCCGAGAGGGGUUCAACGACGCGCCAAGGCCACCAUCCUCAUCCUCCAACACCAUCGUCGUCCUCACACCGGCGGCUCUUCCAGGGCGUCGGAGGCUACUUCAGGACCCUAGGCCGUUCAUACGCUCGGACAGCCACCGCUAAGGCGUCUGUACCAGCGAACGGGUACCACAGCACAAACUCAAACACUCGGAGUGGCAACGGACAAUCGUUAUCGCAAAUCCCGCUAGCUGCACCCUCUAUUGCGCUCCACGCUGACCUCUACGCAGUCGACGACGAGCAGAGGCGGUUGCCCUACACCAGCCUCCCGGACCGCCCACGGAAUCACAGUCCAGACGACUACAGGCGCUCGACGUCUAGCUCAGCGAGGCAGUGGCUGAGUGGAGUGCCUGAAGACGCAGAGAUGACCAUCGAGGUGGUAGAUCCCGCCUCCAGUGCAGCAAGAGCCAGGAGUGGCUCAGGAGCUGGGAUGGCGCAUUCUGGCUCUGUAUAUUAUGGUUCUGUUGGUCAAACGGAUGUCAGGUUCCCAAUGAGCUCUUCGCCGGAUUUUGAAGAAGGCAGCGAGCUGAGCGAGGAAGAAGAAGAGUGGCUUCUCGACGAAGAGCUUGCCCUGGAAGGGCUCUAUCGCGGCAACUACAAAUCGCUGAUACUGUUAUACACCUUCGUUCCACUGUCAACUCUCUUGACCUUCAUCGCUCUCGGUCUCUUACCUUGCUUUCUCCUACGCACAUCGACACCAUCACCUUUCCCAUAUCCUCCAUAUCUACCCUUUCCCCUACCCGAGCUGCUAACCGCGGCCGCUCUGUGGUCUAUGUCGUAUUUGCUUCGCGAUUCCCUCUACGCGAUCUCGCUCUUCCUUACCUCACCAAUACCUUUCCCAAGACACCGAUUCCCCUCAUUCAUCCCAGUCCUCACAUCCACCAUCUCCGCAUUCCUGCAAAGUGCAUCGACAUUAAUUCUACGGCAAUUCGCGAUUCCCAUCCUCCUCAUCCCUUUCUAUUCAACUCAGCGACCGCAAGCCCUCUCGCUUGCUGGCAUUGAAGACGAUGCUCUCCACAAGGCACAUUUCCCGACAUGGCAAGACGGAGCGUUCCGACGCGUCUGGUGGGUGGCAUUGGGAUGGGCAGCAGCGGAAGCAAUCGUGGGGGUCAAACAAGGCUAUGACAAUAUCGGGUUGUACGCAGAUGUUCUCGUCAGUGUGCGGAAGUCGGUUGGAAAAGAUGAAGCACUGGCUGCCCUCGCGUCUAGACAAGGGGGAGAGCCCACGGAGUCCCAAAAGAAACGUGCAACCUCCGCAGUAGCGCAGAUGGCGGCGGUCGAUGAAGAAAGCAUCACCCCAACACAGAGGAACUGGGAUUCGAGAAGAGAUACCGCCCUUUCAGCGCCUCCGCAGAGAAGAGAACACUCCGAUUCUCUUUCGUCAUCGAAUUCGGAAAUUCGGAGAUCGACUACGUUCGAGGAGCUCGGUGGAUCAGGGUUGGGCGAGCGGCAGCCUCUAUUGACUCUGAACCGACCGCCGCCCCUCGCCGAUGCUUCUCUGACGCGGCAGACGACACAAGAGAGCGAAAGGCUGUUGGUUGAGAAUGAGGUUGAGCAAGAUUUGGACGAGUUGUUGAGGAUGAGGGCUAGAGAGGAACUUGAGGAGGUCUAUGGGAUUCCUGUCAUCCAAAUCCCAGUCUUUCUAUCGUGUCUUCACAGGAUCAACGCAAUCCUGUCUUCGUUGGGCGUCACCCUGAUUCUCACAGCAGUGUACAUGCGCUCAACCCUCGUUUCCUACCCUCCUCCGGGAUCGCCUCCGCCUGCCACAUAUUUCUCGCUUUCCUCCUUCACCACCAUCUUCUUCCGAUCGGGCAUGCCUGAACCUUCGAGCCCAUCAACGACGAUAUCGGCCUCGUCAGCCCUUCAUCCAUUCCAGCCAUCGAACCACGCCCUGCUGCUGGCAUUCCCUGGCUUGCUUCUAAUCCACGCCGUCCUUUCGUUCAUGCAUACACCUUGGGUCUUACCCCGGAUAGGCAUCCAUACCUUCGUGUAUAUUGGUCUUCUCAUCUGGUUGAGCGUAUUUUUUGGCGGGUUGGGAGUCUGGGAGGCAUUGUCGUAA